CCCCUUCAUCUCACCUCCAACUAGUCAGUGUUCCGUCUCUGUCCUGCUCUGUCUCUCUCUUUUUCCCUCUCUUGUAUAUCUCUCUCGCCCUCUCUCUCUCUCUCUCUUUGGUGUGCUCAAGCUCCAGUUCGGUUUGCUGUCUGUCUGUGCGUUGCCGGUCUCGUUCCUCUGCAGACCUGAACCUCCAGCUGAACCCGGGACUCCAGCUCACUCUACAGCAGUUGUAGAAAUGGCGAUGAAAAGCAUCCUCAACCCUGAUGACAUUAAGAAAGCCCUGGAUGCCUUUCAAGCCGUCGACUCAUUUGACCCCAAGAGGUUUUUUGAGAUGGUCGGACUGAAGGCAAAGUCGACUGAAGAUGUGAAUAAGGCUUUCCACGUCCUGGAUGCAGACAAUAGUGGCUUUAUAGAGGAGGAGGAACUUAAGUUUGUUUUCAAGCAUUUCGCUGCAGAAGGGAGAGACCUGAGCGAUAAGGAGACCAAAGCAUUCCUGCAGGCUGCGGACAAAGAUGGAGAUGGAAAGAUUGGAGCAGAAGAGUUUGCUGCUCUGGUUUGUGAAUAAGUGACUCCGACUCUUGGCCUGUUCAUACCUUAUGACCCUUUGACCUCGACACCUCAGCCUAACCCCCCUGAAGCACAGACACACACACACGCUCACUUACACACACGCUUGCACGCCCCUUUCUGAACACCUCCCUACACACAAUCACACACACUGACCUUCAUGCUAUUUAUUUUCCUUUUUAUAAAAAAGUGAGUGUUUCUGCUAGUGUAUAGACCAAGCUACCUUUAACAGGGCAAAACCUCGUGCCGGCAAUAUGUAGAUAUAAUAGAAAAGAAAACACCACACUGUUCAUCAUCCACUACUCUUCGUCUGUCUUUAUCUUCCUUGAAUCUCUCCCAUUGAUCUUUCGCUCCUCCCCUCCAAACUCUCUCCAUCCCUCCGUUAACAAGCCAUUGUGAAACACACCAAAAGAAGAAAGAGGUCAAGUUGUGAAAGACAAGAAAAUAAAGAGAAAAUGCCGCAAGAGUUUCAGUGU